AUGUCGCCAACGAACGAGGACGAUCAGCACUACCAACCGAAGGAUACCGUCCAUGGCACUCUCCGGGAGGGCGCGGUCUUCGGCGGCGUCGGUACGCUCUUCGCUGCUGUGAUGAGCUCGCUCGCGAAGAAAAACGUCGGGCCGUGGGCCACCUUCACCAAACACGGCGGCACCAUUGUCAUAUUUGCCGCUACCGGUGCCUCGUUCAAUUUCGGCCGCGAUGCGAGCGCAAACCUGCGAGAGAAAGAAGACCACUGGAACGAUGCGGUUGGCGGUGCCCUUGCGGGCGCCGUAAUGGGCUUGAGGUUCGGCCGUAUCUCUCGCGUCGUUGGUACAUCCGCGCUCGUCUCGGCUACGCUGGCGGUGUAUCAAUAUACAGGUAACAGCUUGAGGGGUUAUUGGAAUCGGCCUGAAGUGGAUGAGUAUGAGCGGAAGGAGGCGCUACGCAAGAGAUACAGGAGGCCGAUUGAGGAGACGAUUGCCGAGAUUGGGGAGGGCCGAGGUAUCAAAGCUCCGGGAUACGAGGAACGGCGGCGAGCGAGACUCAAGGAAAAGUAUGGGAUCGAGGUCCAGACUUAUAGCGCAGACCCCAACGACAAUUAG